CAGAGAUUCAAGUGAGAAAAGCUGACAAAUGUAAAACACACCUCAAGGUAAACAAUUCAUCAGUUCAGUGUAUAAUAAACCACAUGCUCACACAUAUCUACAAGUAUCUAACACACACUCAGUCACAUGUUUCAUUGAUUUCCAUUCUGAUCUCUACAUCGCCUUCUCUGAUCAGAUGAUCAUCAUAGAUUUUUAAUGGAAUGAAAUUGAUUAUUACAAAAACAAAGCAGUCGUGAAGAUGGAUGCAUCUUUUAAUGACAACAUUUUGAAUCAUGCUGUCAGUAGAACUCUAUCAUUUAAUAACUUCUACUUUAUUUAGACAACAAUGAUUACAUGCUGAUUGGAAAAUUCUAAGUGAUUUUUCAUUCAGUGUAAUGCAGUUGUGAAUCAGAGUGGAUAAAGUGUAGAUCAAAUGCCUAACGCAUAACACAUUGUCGAUGUGAAUUGAUGUGGGUGGAAAGUUGAUGAAAUCUGAGUUAACAUUGUGAUGCGUUCUACUGUGCGCAGCGUUUUUCGUCUUCUCAAUCUAAUCUGUUUGUUCAUCUGCUUAUUCGCAUUUGUAUCUUUUGCUGUUAUAUUCUGGUCGAAACUGGCAACGAAGUCUUUAGAGCCGACAAUAAGGAAGUUGAAAGUAAAGAUGGAUUUGCAGAAAGCGUCAACAAUCGAUGCUGUAAAUCGUGUAGUGCGAGAAUUCACACGACCAGUCACCUUACCACUGAUGGGAAUAGCCAUCCUGUUUAUGUGCAACUAUGCUUUCGGAGUACUUGUCGCCCUCAAUCGAAGCAGCACAUUUUUUCUAAUAUAUGAAAUCGCAGUGACAGCUUGCAUAAUAAGUCACAUAGCCACGUUGGGCUUAUUGUUCAGUAAUCCGAGUGGGAUACGUGAGAUGAUGGAAAGUUUGUUGGAGAAGCAAAUAUAUGCCUAUGAAUCAAUGACUAAUCUUGAUGGACCAGGUCUAUUUUCUGCUGUUGUGAUGAUCGAGCUGAAAUGCUGCGGAUUCAGAGAUACAACAGACUUCAGUAAUGUAAAAUUGUCAUGGAAGGAUGAAUAUGAUGGCCGUAAGUAUGAAACUGUUGAAACUCCAAUACCAUGUUGUAUGAUGAAUGAUAAUCUAGAGUUGAUUGACAAAAACUGUCCACAUGAAUAUUUCUCAUCUCAUGACAAGCAUCAUAAUCAAAGUUGCAAAGAACCAUUUGGACAGAAAGCCUUCAGUUACGUGGCAAUUGUUGCAUAUGCAUCGAUAGUUUUGAUACUAAUCAAUUGUGCAAUCAUGGUAUGCGUUGUUCUCAUUCUCAGAGAAUUAUGGAUACAUCUUUGAUUUUCCACUCUCACUGUUCUCAUGAAAACAGUGGCGAUGGUCGUUUGUCAUGUGUCAAACUCACAUAUGCAUACACGAUAACCAGAAUAUUUUGUGAUGAACGGAACUGAAUUGCAUACAAACAAACAAUGGUUGCUUACUCAUCUUUACAUUUCCCUUGAUUCAAUCUUCCUUAUAUGAAGGCUUGAUGAUAACUGAUUUCAUUCCUAUUGUAUUUCCCUGCAUAUGCUGUAAGUGACUACUUUGUUUUACUAAUAUUCUUCAGUGUGGAUGUGAUUGGUUAACAUAUAUACACAGCCAGGUGACUUACAGUUCUGUCUUCUGAUAUUCAAACGGUUGGUUAGUCCUGAAGUUUGCCACCUUCCGAUCACUAUGAAUCAGGCAAUUCAUGAUAGGAUAGUUCACUUCUGUCACCCAGUCGGGUACACCGGUCACAAGAUAACAAAUGACACAGUACUUACGAUCGCUGACCUAAUAUUUACAAGAGUAUGUAAACAUUGAUUGAAAAUCAUUAUAUCAUUCACGUAAGUGCACAAAUUUGUUUGCUCCACUGUUUUA